UGUAAGAGUAAUUUAUACAUACAUAUGGUCACGUCUAUAUCCCUUGCGGUGCAGACAGAGCCAGCAGUCUUAAAAAUACUGAAUGGCCACGUUCAGCUAUUUGGCUUAAUGAUAGAAUUGAAAUUCAAAUAGUGAUAGGAUGCUAGCCCAUCGCCUAAAAAAUAAUCCCAAGUUUGUAAGCCUAUCCCUUAGUCACCUUUUACGACAUCCAUGGGAAAGAGACGGAGUGGUCCUAUUCUUUUUGUAUUGGUGCCGGGAAAAUUGUUUUAAAGAUUUUUGUCUACGACUUUUUUGCUAUUAACAUACCAUAUUGCUUAUUUACAUACCCAUAGAAAGUUACAGCUUUCUGCCACUUAAUGAUCUCUGAAUAACUACUGAACCCUAAACAAACGCAGUUUUUAGAAGGCGCGAAGAAUAAUAAUGUCACUCUGACAAUGACAAUAACAAUUUCAUAUCUGACAGUGACAGAAAAACAUGGUUGUUUUGUUGUGGAAAUCGAAGUGGAAAUGAUUAUUAUUUUUGUUCAAUAUUUAAUAAAAUAAUCGGGUUUUUUUAAAUAAAAUUACUACUUACCCUACUUAAACACAAUGAAGUGGAGUGAAGACCAGACGGUGAAAUUCGUGAAAAUUUACUUGGAGCAUGAGUACUUGUGGAACACGAAACAUGAAAACUACGGGCAUAAAUAUUUACGUAAAAAAGCGUACAAUAGUAUUAGCUCUAAUUUCGAGAGUGCCACAGACUGAUGAUACUACAACAGAUGUUCAGAAGAAAUGGUUAGUUUUAUCAGACAAUGAAAAUAAUGAAGAUGGGGAAUAUCAUGAAAAAUCAGAGUUAAAUGAGUCACAGUUUGAAAAUAAUUGUCUGGAGAACCCAGCCUCUUUCAAUGCAAGUAACAAAAGGUGGAGUGAAGAAGAAACACAUAAAUUUGUGAAGAUUUAUUUGCAGCAUGACAUUUUUAGGAAUCAAAAACAUGAUUUCAAAAAUAAUAAAAUGCGUAAAAAUGCCUACAAUAAAAUCGCUAUGGACUUUGAGGCGGCUACUGGUAUUGCUCUCACGGAGAGAGAAGUGAUAAAUAAAAUAAGAAAUCUAAAAUCGACUUAUGCGCAGGAACUUUUAAAAAUAAGAAGGAAAUCUAACUCGGACUUCACAUAUGUAUCAACAUUGAAAUGGUUUGCUGACUGGGAUAGAUGCUACAAUACCAAAUACUCCCAUGAUGAGCUCAGACUAUCAGACUCCGAUGACCAUAAAGUAUGGCUGGAAUUAUCGAACAAUGAAGAUGAAACGAAUGCAACGCAAAAUGAAACAGUAGAUAGCUAUUCAAGGACAAAAUGGAGCGAAACUGAAACAUUAAAAUUUGUAAAGAUAUAUUUACAAUAUGAAUUCUUAUACAACCCAAAACACAAAUACUUCAGACAGAAGAAACUACGUCAUGAAGCAUAUAUCAGUGUGAGUUCAGAAUUUGAAGCAGCAACUGGAAUGAAACUAGAUGAACAAGAAAUAAAAGCCAAAGUUAAGAUAUUGGGUUCUACUUACGCUCAGGAGUUGGCAAAAAUAAGAAAAAGAUCAGACACAGACAAUCCAUAUUCGCCGGCGAUGAAAUGGUUCCAUUACUGGCAUAAAUAUAAACGUGUCAUCCAACAGCGCAAUGCUCAAAAUUCAGAGGACGAUACACAAGAAACAGGCGAGAUAUCGCCUGAAACAUUAUCUGAAGACGACCAGAAAUUCGAACCGGAAUUGGAGGAAACAAUCGCCCGCGAAUCUGACUCGGACGAGGAAGUUGAGACGAAAAGAGUGAAAUUAGAAGAUGACGAACAUUCCAAUAAGAUCUUCACCAAUUUCGUUGAUACAAGCUCUGUUUCCGAGCCGGAGGACGAGUUUGAUCACUAUGGAAAAUACAUCGCGACAGUAUUGAGAGGUAUGGAUAUGGACAAAGCUUUGCAGAUACAGCUGCAGAUACAAACAUUGUUGAGCGGUGCUCGGAUGGAGGAUAACACGAUGUAGUUUGUUGCUUUGUCCUGAGCAGACUGACUGGAAUGUCCAAGAUACAGAUUUUAAAAGCAAAUCGCUGAUGGUAAGCAUUUUGCGAGGGUAUAUUUGUGAGUAUAGUGUAAAUAAGGAAAUUUGAAGGUGUAGUGUCCUUUCUAUACAUCCCAUAUUAUUAUAAUGUGUAAAUAUUAACCAAGUAUGUAUGAAGUAUAUAGGAUUUAACAAUUAUACAAUUAUAAUGCCAUGUUUCGUAAGGCUUAUAGGUAUAUAUAAUAAGGGUAGAAA